CUAGUGAUUGGUUGGACAUACCUAAUCUAUGGACUCUCAUAUUGAGCAAUAAGGAUAUACCUGGGGAAACAGCGGAUCAACAGCGAAAAAGAGAAAGAGAGACAGAGAGAGAGAAAACAACAGGGCGAAGAAAAGAAGGAAAAGACAAAACAACCUAACAAUGAAAGAAAGUGCCCAUGCAGGCAGAUCUCAGUAGUUCAAAUGGACUAGAGAGGAAAAAGACUAUGGGAGACAGGGAGAGAGAGGAAGGGAGUGUGGAGAAAUGAAAAGAGGAAAAGAGAGAAAAAAAGGAGAGGAGAGAGUCAGAUUCCUGAGCGGCAUGAGUGUAAAGGGUCGGGCUCUUUUGGCUAUUCUGUUUGUGCUGCUCCUCCUGGGAUCCAUGUGGCUCCAGGGCAGUUUGGGCCGCCAUUGGGAAUACUGUCUGAAGGGAUAUAUUCUUCAGAAAGACCAACCGGUCUAUGUGUCUAGCCUUGUGUCCAGUGGUAAUGGCUCUGAGGAGCAGGUAGCGGUUGCCUUGAGGGAGUGCCCUGGCCAGAGGUUUCAGGUGUCAGUGCUCUUGGCCCACCUGCAGGCUGCCCCCAUCUCCACCGAUGACAUCCUCUUACAGCCCUACCUGUCCAGCUGGGACGAACUCAUCAAGUUCAUGGAGGCUUUGGGUCCAAUGGUUGGUUUAAUCUCCCAGGAGAUUGAAGUGAAGACCUCCAUCAUCCGCGACUUGACACAGGAGGAAAAGAGAAGAGAGAGAGCGUACAGAGAGAGAGACUACGGCACUCUCAUGGCCAUCAUAGGAGCAUCCGACACCCAUGACUCUGAAGAGGAGCAGGACGGGGCUUAUUUCUCAGUGCGCUCUAUGAUUGGUGCAGAGCUGAGUCGGGGCGUGGUUAAUUUUGAGCGUCAGACGGACUCUGGUUGUCGGACCCUCCUGAGACUGCACCGGGCCCUCCUCUGGCUGCAGCUUUUCUUGCAGAAACUGAGCGAAAGCCCAGUGGGACAGAGUCGCUUACGCAGCCCCUCAGAGCUCUGCAGGGAGGCCUACCAGCACACACUGGCACCAUACCACACCUGGUGGGUCCGCCGUGCGGCUGAACUGGCAUUCCUCGCCAUGCCCGAGCGAGGGUUUUUUUACCGACUGGUGUGUGUGCAACAUCAGGACGAGGCUGCGAUGGUCCUACAAAGGGUGGUCCGAGCUAUCAGUGAGGUCUACCAAAGAACACAGAACGCUCUAGAAGAACAUGGCAUGCUAGACCUACCCUAGCAUGACAACCCAGAGAAACUGCAGGAGCAGGAGGAGAAAAGAGGACGAAAAAGAAGUGAUGGGAGGAAGGAGAUAGGCUGGAGAGAGGUGAAAAAGACACAUUGUGUGUUGAAGAGGGCUGAUUUCUUGUCAGUGUUAAUACAGAGAACUUUAUGGAAUGACUUGAUUAUUUGAACAGCUUUGUGAAAUGAGUGAGACCAAACACCAGUUGUGAGCGAGAGUGCUGUUGACUUCUUCAUUCAGUUUCAAACCUGGAGAAAAACUCAGCUUUAACGAAGAGCAGCCUACAUGUUGGCUCUCUGAUGCUUUGCUACUCUUCAGGGGUUUUUUUCCAUUUGGGUUUUGAGUACUCUACGUACCCACUGUCAAAUAAUCACUGAUUAAAAAAACAAACAAACAAAAAAAAACCCUGGACCACUGACCUGGGGCCACGGGUAGCAAAUCUUUAUAUCCACAGCUACACCUUCCCCACAGUGCCUCUUCCUCAGUCCCUAGAACUGCUGUUUAUGUGUGUGUUAUACUCUUAUCACUGUUCUGGGAUCAGUGAGAUAUUCUGGCUGAGUUGGUUGAGACCCUCUCAGACUUACUUAAUCACAAUCACUGUUGUGCACAGACUCUAAGUGGACUCUCUCACUCUCUCUCUUGUGUUACUCAUGUGUUUAGCAAAGCAAAUGGCAGAGGUGUAAAAAGGUACUGGCCAGGACAAUUUGACCAUAUGCUUGUGUCUCAGUGCAGUGUGGGUAGUCUGUUUAACUGAGUAGUGCUUAAGCAGUGUGAUGUCAGUGCAGUGAAACAAACAUUACAAUUACAAAUCAGACCAGGGUGUCUGGAUUAGCACAAACAUGGAUUUUGUGAUGUCAAGCCAUUCUCUAACAUGCUACUGUAACUUAUGAAAAGACAUAAGUCUUAUGUGAAAAUAAAUUCAUAAAACUAGACAAUAAAGAACAAGUUUACUGGAAGGCUCUCUGUGUUGAGCCUGUUUAUGGUUCAUCUGAAA